CGGAUAAAGGUUGGCUAUAUAGUAUGGACAAUUAUUGGCGUGGGGUUGUAGUCCAAACGACAGUCUAUGCUCGGUUGUAGGAAACCCGAAUUUGUGCUGCAGCUUCAGAAAUUAUUUGUGGAUUUUAAAUAUGGCUGGUGGUAAGGCAGGUAAAGACUCUGGAAAGACCAAGACUAAGGCUAUUUCGCGCUCGCAGAGAGCAGGACUGCAGUUUCCAGUGGGUCGUAUCCACAGACACCUCAAGUCCAGAACAACCAGCCAUGGCAGAGUGGGAGCCACUGCAGCGGUGUACAGCGCAGCUAUUCUUGAGUACCUCACGGCCGAGGUUCUGGAGUUGGCAGGAAAUGCAUCAAAAGAUCUUAAGGUGAAGCGUAUAACUCCACGCCACUUACAGCUGGCCAUUAGAGGAGAUGAAGAGCUGGAUUCACUUAUUAAGGCCACUAUUGCUGGUGGAGGUGUGAUCCCUCACAUCCACAAGUCUCUGAUUGGAAAGAAGGGCCAGCAGAAGACCGUAUAACCUGAAGUGCUCUGGAAGUUGUGCCAUCUCAGGACAAAGUCUGCAUAAAGCGGUUAAAUGUCUUAGAUUAGAAGACCUUUUUUAGGUGUUAUUUGUAUGGUUGGGCUUGCCAUUACUCACCUGGGGUAUUUUUAAAAAGUGGCUUCAAAGAAGCUCAUUUUUUGUGUUUUGGCUUUGUUUUUUUUGUGGUGCUGCUGUUUUUUGUUCAAACUUGCUUUUGUGGCAUUCCCAUGUUUAAAAAGUGUUUUAAUAAAGCUCUUAUUGGGCAUUUGCAGUUUAA